UGACACACAUAUAUCUACAUAUAUAUACCCCCAUUCCCAAGUAUCCAAAAACCAACUCAAAACAUUCCUUCAUCUCCAAUAAAACUUCCAAGUUCCAACACAUUCCUCUUAGUAAUUUGCAGAAAGAAAAAGUAAGAUCUUAUCUUUACAGAAUGGGUAUCAUCAAGAAGUCAUCAACAACAAGGAAUGUCCCAAAAGGCCACUGCGCAGUUUAUGUAGGAGAGAAUCAAAAGACAAGAUUUGUCAUCCCAAUUUCAUAUUUAAGUCAACCGCUGUUUCAGGAAUUGUUGAGCAAAGCUGAGGAGGAAUUUGGGUUCACUCAUCCUAUGGGGGGUCUCACCAUUCCUUGCCGGGAGGAGGUCUUCGUUGAUAUUGCAUCUCAUUUGAGCAGGAUCUGCUAACCCACUCCUAGAGCAAAAGAAAAGAAGAUAAGAAGAAGUUGAAGAACUGGUUUUUAUCAAGUCUGAUAUGCCCGGCCCAGUUAAGACUUGCACCAUUUUUUUCGAAAUGUUAUGAAGCAUUUCGUUAUAUCAUACUGUACCAAUUAGCACUUGAUAGAUACAAGAAAUAUACUGUAGAUUUUUAUCAAUUUAUGGUUUGUGAUAUAUACAAAUCAUAGUAGUUGAUCAUUACAUGUACAAGUUAAUUGACUUACAACAAUAUAUAUCGUACUACCGAUUCCACUUCUCCUUUCCAUCAAAGUAUCAAACAUGUAUAGUCUACUAUUCAUUCCAGUUUCAUAUUGAAAUCCUAUUCAAAGAUUCAGGAGUUUAGA